AUUUCUUGGAACCACACAGUAAGUCACGUGCCAUUUUUUGGGAAGUGACAACGUCGCAACAUUUAUAGUUCCCUGAGGUGAGAGCGUCAGGUCCGCGUAUAGACUUCAUCUUCAUCACCCUCAAUGACCACGACGCUGUCCAAUCUUUAAUUGCCAGAGAAGGUGCCACAUCACCGCCAACACCACCAGGUCUCUUAAUUGGCCUCUCCUCUCCUCUCCUCUCCCCGUCAUCCCUCCAGCCAUCAUGAAGCUCUCCCUCGCCUUCUCUGUCAUUGCCUGCGCCGUCACCUUGGUGGCCGCCUGGAGCAAAGAAGACCAAGAAAUCUUCCGCCUCCGCGACGAAAUCGCCCUCUCCGAAGGCCCCGAAGUAACCUUCUACGACUUCCUCAACCUCAAACAAAACGCCAACCACGACGAGAUAACCAAAGCCUACAAAAAGCGCUCCCUCGCCCUCCACCCCGACAAAGUAAAGCAAAAGUUCAUCGCCUCCCGCACCAAGUCCACCGACAAAUCCAAGAAACCCGCCGACCGCCCCUCAAACGCCGAAAUCAACGCCGCCGCCAAAGCCGCCUCCGACCGCUUCGCCCGCCUGGGUCUCGUCCAGAAACUCCUCAAAGGGCCGGAGCGCGCGCGCUACGACCAUUUCCUCGCUAAUGGCUUCCCCGUCUGGAAGGGCACGGGAUACUACUACGCGCGUUUCCGCCCUGGGUUCGGCACCGUGCUGCUGGGUCUGUUCAUCUUCGUCGGCGGCGCGGGACACUAUUUCGCGCUGUACCUCGGCUGGAAGAGACAGCAGGAGUUUGUAGGCCGCUACGUCAAGUUCGCGAGACGCGCGGCGGGGAGCGCGAACCUCUCCAUCCCGGGCGUGGAUGCGGGCGCCGAGACGCCGCCGGCAACGGAUAGCGAUGCGGAGGCUGCUAUGCAGCCUAUGAACCGUAGGCAGAGACGCAUGCAGGAGAAGGACUCGCGCAAGGAGAAGCCGGAGAAGAAGGUUAAGGCGCCUAAGGCGAAGGUGUCCCCGGCUGAUACGCCGACUGGUGUUACUGGGCCGAAGAAGCGCGUUGUGGCUGAGAAUGGGAAGAUACUUGUUGUUGACGCGGUGGGGAACGUGUAUCUCGAGCAGCGUAAUGAUGAUGGUGAGAUGCAGGAGCUGUUGCUUGAUCCCGCCGAACUCCAAUCCCCCCGCCUCCGCGACACGGCUCUCAUCCGUCUCCCCGUCUGGAUCUACGCCAAGUCCGCUGGCCGCUUCCUCUCCCCCGCCCCCGCUGCGGAUUCUGACUCAGACUACGAGGAGGGCGAGGACUUUACGUCUGAGAACGACACUGCUGGCGAGACGAGCGGGGCUACGCCUAACAAGUCUGCGAAGAAGGCGCGCAGCAGGAAGAGUGGGAGGAAAUAGAUUAGACGUAAGAUAUUUGUUUUUCUGCUUCGCUUGUUCUUGUUUUCCCAUUUUUGUGGGAGUUUAAAAAGAGAUUUUUGAUGUUGUUUUAAGUGUAGGUGGGGGAUGUUGAGUGUAAAUAGGGAGAAAAUGAUGGAUAAAAUGUUUUUGCAUAGAUGGGAAAUGGGGGGGGGGAUCUUGCAUUUUUUACCUGCGAGGGCGGUGCUAGGUAGUACUUCUGUAACUCUAUUUACCUCUAUAAUCCGUUUACAUUUACCA